AUGAGAUAUGCAUACCCCUGGUGGAAAGAGAAGGAAAUAGAUUCAGAGAAGAAAAGGAAAGCAGGAUUGUGCCCUUUAACCCCUGAAGAAACUGCACUAGCGUUGAGGGCACUUGACAUUGAUCCUAAUAUCCAAGUCUAUAUUGCUGCUGGAGACACAUACAGGGCUGAGAGGAGAAUGGCACCUCUGAAAGAAGCUUUCCCAAACUUGGUGAAAAAGGAGACAUUGGUGGAAGCAUCAGAUCUUGUGCCCUUCCAAAACCAUUCAAACCAAAUGGCAGCAUUGGAUUAUUAUGUGUCGAUAGACAGUGACAUUUUUGUGCCAACAUAUGGAGGCAACAUGGCAAAAGUAGUGGAAGGGCACAGAAGAUACUUGGGGUACAAGAAAACCAUUCUUCUAGACAGAAGGGUUCUGGUUGAUCUGAUAGACCAGUACAACAAUGGAACUCUGAGCUGGAACCAACUCUCAGUUAGAGUGAAGGCUGCUCAUGCCGACCGCAUGGGAAACCCUACUACAAGAUUGGAGGUUCCAGGAAAACCCAAAGAAGAAGAUUACUUCUAUACAAACCCUCAGGAGUGUUUGCCACUUGUUAAUGAUGAAGAUAUGAACCAAGAAGACUAG